CGGAAUCGGAUGGGAAGGAAGCCUAAUCGCACAAAAUCAACCUGUGUAAUCCAUACAAAAAAGAGAAGAGUUCCUCUCUAAAGUAGAGUUCUAUGUACAGCCAUGGACCAAUCAUUGAACGUUUUCUGAGCAGACAACGUCGGUGCCUAUUCCAAUCCCAGGGUGUAUCAAAAGUUGCCUCCCCAGAUCAAAGCUGAACUGCUGUGACCCCAGCACACUGAUCUUACCAUCAUGACUGACCGGUUGACCUAUGGCAUCAGCAAGCCCAACCAGAGGGCUGGAGGUUCCCUCCCGCCUGAGCCCAUUGACAUCAUCCGCACCAAAGCCCGGUCAAGGAGGGUCCGGAUCAAUGUGGGUGGUCUGGUCCACGAGGUCCUGUGGCGGACCCUGGAUCGGCUCCCCAGGACCCGCCUGGGCCGGCUCAGAGACUGCAACACCCACGAGUCCUUAAUGGAGAUCUGCGACGACUACAGCCUCAACGACAACGAGUACUUCUUCGACCGCCACCCCGGAGCGUUCUCCUCCAUCCUCAACUUCUACCGCACGGGCAAGCUGCACAUGAUGGAGGAGAUGUGCGCGCUGUCGUUCGGCCAGGAGCUGGACUACUGGGGCAUCGACGAGAUCUACCUGGAGUCGUGCUGCCAGGCGCGCUACCACCAGAAGAAGGAGCAGAUGAACGAGGAGCUGAGGAGGGAGGCGGAGUCGCUCAGGGAGAAGGACGGAGUAGAGGAGGAACAUGGCUGCUGCCCGGACAAGAGACAGAAGCUGUGGGACCUCCUGGAGAAACCCAGCUCCUCUCUUGCCGCCAAGUUUUUGGCCGUCCUCUCCAUCACGUUCAUCAUCCUGUCUACAAUUGCACUAUCGCUCAACACUUUGCCUGAGCUCCAGGUGGUGGAUGAGUUUGGACAGUUCAACGACAACCCCCAGCUGGCCCACGUAGAGGCCGUGUGCAUCGCCUGGUUCACCAUGGAGUACAUCCUCCGCUGCCUCUCCUCCCCCAACAAGUGGAACUUCAUCAAGGGCCCCCUGAAUGUCAUCGACCUUCUGGCCAUCCUGCCCUACUACGUCACCAUCUUCCUGACAGAGUCCAACAAGAGCGUGCUGCAGUUCCAGAACGUGCGGAGGGUGGUCCAGAUCUUCCGGAUCAUGAGGAUCCUGAGAAUUCUCAAAUUAGCCCGUCACUCCACGGGGCUCCAGUCUCUGGGCUUCACCCUCCGGAGGAGCUACAACGAGCUGGGCCUGCUCAUCCUCUUCCUGGCCAUGGGCAUCAUGAUCUUCUCCAGUCUGGUCUUCUUUGCCGAGAAGGAUGAAGACGCCACCAAGUUCACCAGCAUCCCUGCCUCCUUCUGGUGGGCUACCAUCACCAUGACGACAGUAGGCUACGGCGACAUCUAUCCACAGACUUUGUUAGGGAAGAUAGUGGGCGGCCUCUGCUGCAUCGCCGGUGUGCUGGUGAUCGCCCUGCCCAUCCCCAUCAUCGUCAACAACUUCUCAGAGUUCUACCGUGAACAGAAGAGGCAGGAGAAGGCCAUCAAGAGGCGGGAGGCCCUGGAGAGGGCCAAGAGGAACGGCAGCAUCGUCUCCAUGAACAUGAAGGACGCGUUUGCCCGCAGCAUGGAGCUGAUGGACGUGGUGGUGGAGAAGGGAGAGGAGAAACACCCUAUCGACAACCACCUCUCACCCAGCAGGUGGAACUUCCAAAAGCACGGUACCAAUGAAGGCAGCCCACACACUCUGCAUCCCAGAUACCAGGAAGUAGCCCAACUGGGCUCUCCAAUCCGGCUGACCCCCAGCAGAGCCAGCCCCCAGCACCUGAACGCCCGACGCCUGGAGGACGUCUACAACAAGAUGACCACACCCUCCAGCCUGACCCUGAAAGUUGGAGCUGCAGCCUCUCAAGAGCAGGCUAAGAGGCUGGAAGAAGAGCUGGAGAUGACGAUAGUCACCGGUAGCUCCAGAGUUCCACAGAUCAAGGAGAGACCCUCCACCGAUAUCAAGAACACAGCCAGCCCCGACAGCUUUACCAGCUGCAUUGCUGAGUUCGCCGAAGGGGAAAAGGGCUCCCUGCUACCAAACAUUGGAGGGCAGAGGCGGCCACCUCCACUGGACCUCAGCCAGAUCUCCGCCAUAGAUGCCAUGGGCCCUGAGAAUGUCCAGCCAUCCUCCAUCAUUAAGGAGGGGCUGUAUGAGUUUGUGUCCACCCAGCCAGACAGUGGUGGCAGCAGAGGGGGCAGUGGAGGCACAACUUCCCAGGGGGAGGAUAACCAGGCCUUUGACAUGACCGUGGAAAGCAUCCGCAGUUCCAUCAAAAGCAACAACCCCCAGAAGACGAAGGCCCUGAAAGUCAAUUUCAUUGAAUCUCAGGAGGAGACAAAGGUGUCAACACCAACCAGCGCACAAGGCAGGCUGCCUCAGGUGACUGCAGAAGACACGGUGUCCCGUUCCCCACAGUCUCUCAGUGCUAGUCUAGUGGAAGCAAAGUCUCCAUUUGGGCUUCUGACGUCCCCUGUUUCCCUGGGCUCCCUGGGAGGAGAGACUGCAGCCAAGGGCUUAGAGGGUGAGGGUCAGCCAUCCAGCUUAAGCAAUACAGGGAGGAAUCACAUGGACAGGGUGGCAAGCAGCGCUAGUCCCUUGUCACCUAAACCCAGCACUCCCAACUGCUCGCAGGAGGUGGCAGGGGUGGAGGACGGAGGAGGUGAAGGAGAAGGAGGAGGAGGGGAAGUCACUGCAGGGAGCGGCCUAAGCCAGAGUGUUGGAGUAGAGAACCACAUCAUUCUGGAUGGCAGUCUAUCUCCACCUUGUGAAACGAGCAUGUGA